GCUUGACAAGCUUUCUAACACUCAUUGGAUGAAAAGGAAAUAUCUUGACGCCGGAUGUUAGCGGGAAUCCUUCGAGACGAAACUUGAUUCCUAUGCAAUGAAUAAUUCGGUGAUGUUCAACAAUGUGCCUACCCCGCCGGGAAUGGUUUCCUUGGCGGCGGCCGUUCCUGAUGGCAGCCUUCUGUACGCCGGUAUUCGGUGCAUCAAUUUUAUAUCCGCACCGCCGGCAAAUGGCAAGGAAAGGCCCGAGGUGCUAACCAUGUCGACGCGCAUUAAUAUAUUGGCCCUGGAUGUGAGUCCCUUGUGGGGCAAACCAGGUAAGCACUUUGCUAUAGUCGGAGAUGAUCUUAGUGUCCAAGUCUGGGACUGCGACUCCGGAGAGGCGGUCACCGGACAUAAGGCGCAUCAGCACCAACACGAGGCGCGAGAUGUGCGCGGUGCCCACCACACCAGCAGUUCCUUGCUGAUGAGCUAUUUGGCCAACGGAAAUAUUCUGUCGGUAGAUGCCAGCGACCUGGUCAUCUACUGUGUGGCUUCUAACACCUACUGCCGCCGGCCCACAUUUUUGGCGCCGCGCAACCAUCAGCUCACUAUGCUGCGCUGCUCGCCCUACAACGACAAUCUGUUCGCCGUAGGAACCGCCGCGGGUAGCGUAAUGGUCUGUGACUUGCGAAAAAUGAGCAUCGUGUACAAGUUCAGUGGCCACAAAGCGGCCAUUUGUGGGUUGGCCUGGCGAGAAGUCAACGCUUGCCAAGAGGAAAUUGAUGAAAAAGCCGAGCCAGAGAAAUGGCGCAGCCGCAACGGCACAGAGGAUGAAAAGCCCAAGCCAAAGCCUCCUCCGUUAGUCAAGAGCAAGGCGGCAGAUUCAGAUGAUCUGUUCGACAUCUAUAACUUUGAUCAUCUCGAUGGCGAGUUUGGAGCUCCAGCAGCUGUCCGUCGCAAGUCGUCCGACGUCUGCGGCGAAGAAUUUGUGGGCUUGGAGAAGCCAUCGGGAGCUGCUGUUUUGGAUUAUGUAGAAGCAUGCGAAAGCAUGAAGGCUGAGCUGCUGGCCCAUCGCCAGGAGGCCGAUGUUCAGCAUGUGGAGGUGACGCUGAAGGACUGUGAGCCCACCAAGCCCACAGAUCCUCCGAGCGAUGACAGCACCAUUAGCAACCACCAGGACAAUAGCGAGUCCACCGAGGGCAGCCUGGAGGUCAUUCAAUACAGCUCGUCCAGCGACGAUGCCGUGAUUGUGGAUGGCGAGGCCGCCAAGCCCAAGAGAGAAGUUCUUCAUCACAUCUAUCACCAGGCGGAGGUGCAUGCUCCUGAAACGCCCCAGGCCAAGAUUGAGCCACCGAAUCUGAAUCUGAAGUCGAUUAUGUCAGGGAGCACCGAUACCCUGAGUUCUUUGUCGGUGAGCACCCCUCGCCCGGACACUUUACUGGUCUCCAUCGAUGGGAACGAGGUGAUGAUGAUCUGGAACACUAACACCGGAGGGCACUCUGGAAAGAAUUACUCAAAGAGCAAAACUGCAGGCAAGAACAAUGACGUGCAUUGGCUGAACGAGCGCACAAUUGUGUCUGUGAGCCGCAACCAGUUGUUCUUCUGGACACUCGAGUAUGAUCGCAAGAUGCUGCGCUACAAGAUCAACAGGGACAAGACCUGCUGCAGCAACCUGACCGAUAUAGCUAUGAUUGCAUGCCCACCGAGUCAGCCGGAAAUUUGGGUGUGCCGCAACAACCGCCAGAUCGGGAGGCUCAACGUAAAGACUGGACAGGUUAGCUCCACAUACGGCACUGUGGCGUUUGGAGUGCGGGCAAUGACCGAGUGCCCGGAUGACAUGAACAAAAUUGCCUUGGGUUGCUCGGACCGCCGUGUGGCGUUCUUUGACAUAUCGAAGCUGUCCACCAGCUGCCUGCCGAUAGAUAGCGUUUAUGUGUCAAGCAAUGUGUACUCCCUGGCCUGGAGUCCCGACUGUUUGGAGCUGGCCUUUGGCGGCUUUGAUGGGACCGUGGGAAUCCUUGAUGUGGAACGCAUGAAGGUGAAGACCAUCCUACGAACUCCCCACAAGAAGGAAAUCUAUUCCCUGGCGUGGCAGGACGACUUCAUCUACUUCGUGGUGAACCGCGUGUUCGGGUUCUUCGACCUUCGAAAAUCCAAGGGCGAACCCAUUAUUGUAACCUCCAUUGCUCGACCGAGCUAUCUGAGUGUCCGUGGACACUUCCUAUUCGUGGGCACUGAGGACGGACUGCUGCAGUUGCACGAGCGCAACUCCGAAACCUACAACACUUGGAGUCCUUUCAUACGCCAGUCCGCUUUGCUGGCUCGCUACGUAACCGAUAUAGCCUGGAGUCCCGUGGACACCAACCAGUUCGCUGUGGUGGGCAACGACAAAUUGGUGCUCAUCAUGGAGUUUAAUCCGGAAGAUCGUAGUUGGAAGAAGGUGCACACCUUCACGGCCACCGCGGAGAAGGCCUCCGUCACGUCGUUAAAGUGGAGCAACAACCGAAAGAAUCAGCUGCUCACCUUCCACAUCGAGGGAACGGUGUGCCUGUGGAAUACCGAUGAUCCGGGGAAGCCGCCGCUUGUAGUCACCUAUCACUGCCCCAUGUGGUGUGGCAUUUUCCUGCCCUCCGACGAGAAUAUCAUCAUGUGCUCCGGCAAGUCCGUCUCCGUGGAGCUCGUGGACAUCAAAAACGCUCUCACCGGCAACCAGAAAACCAUCUGCUCCAAGGUGGAUGCACUGCUUAAUGUGAAGUGGGCCAGCAAGUCCCUUAUUCAGCCCUUCGCGCCAGUUCUCACGGCAGCAGAGAAGAAGCGUCAACGGCGCGAUAAACGUAAGGCUGCCUCCAAGCCGCAGCCAGAAAUUGCCGAAGAAGUAAAGGAUGCCGCGAUUGAAGCCCCAAAGGAGCAAACGGAGGAUAGCGCACCAACAAAGGAAGUCCCUGUGGUGGAGAUGGCUGCCCUUAGCCUAGGCUCGAAGCCACAAAAAGAUGUCCCUCAGGAGUGUGCCAAAUGCAAGUCCAAUGAAGCAGCUGAGAGUGCUAUUUUCCAUAGCCGCACUUGUCUUUUCCUUGCCACAAAGGAGCUUAACAAGUCCGCCCUGGAGAAGCUGGCCAUUGUCCUAACCGAAGACGCUGUCAAGAUAGACAAGUCUGUGCUGUUGUCUAAGCUUUUUGGCACAAAAAUGAUGGCCAAGGACCUUAUUUGUAGAGAGCUGACCAAUUUAAAGCAUUCGGAUACUCCGGACAUAGCUCCACUGUGCCUGUCCAUAUCCUCAUUCAAGCUGCGUGAAGAACUGCUUCAGCACAUGCACAACCAUACCCUUACUGAAUGGCACCUUUCGUUGGCACCCGCCGUAUCUUUCUCGUUUUGGAAGGAGUGCUGUCGCUCCUACGCCAGGCAAAUGAAAGACAAGGGCUAUGUUCUUCAUGCCGCUACAUAUCUUUUCGGCUUGGGAAUGCACAAAGAGGCCAUAAAUAUGUUUCUGGAGAACGAGUAUUAUAAAGAAGCCCUUGCGCACGCACGCGUAUCUCUUCCAGCCACUGAUCCCUUGAUCAAAACGAUAAUCAACCGUUGGCUGGACCAGUUAGAAACCACUGGCAACUUUGGCGCGGCGGCUCUAAUAUGUGUGUUGGACAACGAGAUGCUGCGCGGUUACUUGUUUUUGAGGAAGUACCGUAACCGCACAGCCGAGAUAGCCGAGCUUAUGGGUCAGAUAAGGCGCAUCGGACAGCUGGAAUCUGUGCUGGAUGAACCUGAGGCCGCUGUGCCAGCCCAGAACGGAGAAGCUGCCGAUCACGCGGAAUAGAUUAAUGUUGUAUUAGGAUUAGCCAUUAAUGAGUCAGGCUGUUUUAGUUUACAUUUUCAACGUCACCUUGUUACAAUCACUAAGCUAUUAGCUAGGCAUUUAGAGUAUUCUCCAACGAACUUUAUAAUUUCUUUUAUAGAUAGUCAGAGACUGAGUGGAAUUGAAACUGUUUUUAGUUACCAUUUGAAUUCCAUAACUUAAUUUAAUUAAACCCGAAGAAAGAGGGAAACUCCAAAUGAAAAA